GCAGGGCGGGGCGCUCCACCCGGUCCGGCAGCUGGAGCUACGCGCUCGGGUUACCCCUGCAGCGACGCCCCCCGGCCCCGCAGACGCCGCCGCUCCCGCCUGUCGUCCCCCGCCGCGCCAUGGGCACCCGCGACGACGAAGUUCUCUUUGUCUUUUCAGUUGUCCUUAUUGGAGAUUCUGGUGUUGGGAAGAGUAAUCUCCUGUCUCGAUUUACUCGAAAUGAGUUUAAUCUGGAAAGCAAGAGCACCAUUGGUGUAGAGUUUGCAACAAGAAGCAUUCAGGUUGAUGGGAAAACAAUCAAGGCACAGAUAUGGGACACUGCUGGGCAGGAGCGGUACCGAGCCAUCACUUCAGCAUACUAUCGUGGAGCUGUAGGUGCCUUAUUGGUUUAUGACAUUGCUAAACAUCUCACAUAUGAAAAUGUGGAGCGAUGGCUGAAAGAGCUGAGAGAUCAUGCUGAUAGUAACAUUGUCAUCAUGCUUGUGGGCAACAAGAGUGACUUACGUCAUCUCAGGGCAGUUCCCACGGAUGAAGCAAGAGCUUUUGCAGAAAAGAAUGGGUUGUCAUUUAUUGAGACAUCUGCUUUAGACUCUACAAAUGUAGAAGCUGCUUUUCAGACAAUUCUAACAGAGAUAUACCGCAUUGUUUCUCAGAAGCAGAUGUCAGACAGACGCGAAAAUGACAUGUCUCCAAGUAACAACGUGGUUCCUAUUCAUGUUCCUCCAACCACUGAAAACAAGCCAAAGGUGCAGUGCUGUCAGAACAUCUAAGGCAUUUCUCCUCCCUUAGAAGACUGUGUAUAGUCCAUUUCCCAGGUCUGAGAUUUAAAUAUAUUUGUAAUUCUUGUGUCACUUUUGUGUUUUAUUACUUCUUCAUACUAUGAAUUUUUCCAUGUCUUAAGUCUUCUGAUUUAAGCUUUAUAAAAUCAUCUACUUGUCCCGAAUGACUGCAGCUUUUUCAUGUUAUGGCCUCACUAGCCUUAGUUUAAUAAACUGAAUGUUUGGAUUCCUCAGUUAUUGUUUACUUUUCAUCUUGGAGCCUGUCACUGUAGGACCUAAUAGAACUUGAUCACUUGAAGCUCGGACCUAUUGGUCUGGAUCAAAUCAAACUCAGAAGACCUUAGACAUAAGCUAUCAUUUUGCCACAGAGCAGCUUGUGAGUAAUAUACUCUUCUCUCAGUGCAGUGUCUAUUUCCACAAAUGUAAGAAUUGCCCUAUAAACAUAGCAGGAUUUUGAGAGCUUGGAAAUUUUCCAUUAUUCUGGAAGUCAGUUUCUAAAAUGCCUUAAUAGUUUAUAUAGUUUAGUAAACUUUACUUUUUAAUUUUUAUUAACAUCAAAGUUGAUUAGAGAAUGGCUCUUCUUUUCUGGACAAGAAUUAUUUUAAACACAAAGGAUUGUUAGGGUUUCAUUAGUGGUAUGGUUAGGGGCAUAAGUUAAACAGUGCUGCCUGUCAGGCUGGGCCCUGGAGAGAUGGGUGGAACUCCAUGGGAGGUGCCUCUGUUGCAGUGAUCGGGCAGCCCAAGUCAUUGAAGUGAUCUCAUUUCCCAGCAGAUUUUGUGGCAUUUUAUUGCUCAGGCAAUAACUGGUUUACUGCUGAUGGUAUCAAAUUUUGAAGUAUUUUGUCUUAAAAUCUUCCAGUAAGUGAAAUGCAACCUAGUUUUAUCACCAUAUCCACCAGCUGGCAUGGAUAAUUAUUUUAACAAUGCUGACGUUUGAGUUUUGCAGUAUAUUAUAGAAUAUAGUCCAGUUAAAUCUUCGGUUUCAGUAUGUCUAAAGAAUACAGUGAGAGGUUAAUUUCUACUCAAGUGGUACCACUUAAAGGCAUGUAUUCUUUUAGUAUGUAAAAUGAAAUAGUACCUUGAGUUUAAAUAGAAUGCAUUACGCAGUGUAGAGACCUGAAAUAGUUUUCUUCUACUACAUUAUUGGAAAUCAAUGGAGCAACUAGUUUCUCAUUCAAAAGUGUGCACACUAAUACUUGGUUUUGCUUUCUUGUGGGUAAUAUUAAGCACUUACUCUGCAGUUUUCUGGAAGUUGUAUCAACUGCAGUGAAGCUAUUCAGGAUGAUGGAAUACCCUAAAAAUAUGUAUGUGGGCUUGCUUAGACGACUGUGUUUUGUAGUUACCCUGUGUCUUUUGCGGUGCUCAUGAUGUGUGGGGCACACGGAAGGCAUUGCUGUAGUUGGUCAUUUUGGUUUUAUUAGUGUAUUAGUUAUUAAGAUACUAUUAUCUAUUUGUAAAUUGCUACUUUGUAUUUUAUGCAUGCUCUGUAACUUGAUUUUUUUUUAGCUAUGAUUUGGAAUAUAUUCACAUUCUAAUAAACAGUUAUAGGGGGAUUA